AUGAAGGUAGUUGCUUUUAUCAUUGGUACCGCUGCCUUCGCUGCGAAUCUCAAGGUCAAGCCUCUUUCCGCGGGAGCCGCGGUUGAACGGAGCACUCGGCAGUCACGUUGGACUGGCACUGUUCGCCAAACGAGCGCGGAAGUUUACAAGGUAAGUGUUAAUGACCGUAUGACGGUUCCCCAGAACGUCGUCGCCACCGACGUGGACAAAGACAGAAGUGAGGUCAAGGACAGCAGCGAGACCACGGAGAACGACUCAGGCGCGCAUCUGGACGGUGUGUUUGCUUCCCACACCGCCGACGUGGCACUGCAGAGUAUUCGGCAGGAGUUGGUGGAGACGGGUUUCGGCGCGUACUUGUGGGAGAACUUGCUGAACAUGGAGGAGGUUCCCUCUGCGCUUGAAGACAUGUACCUGUUCAAAGACGCCAAACUGAAUGGCUUUUCUCUUGCCAGCCAGUUUAUUGCGUCGGGCACGUACGACAACGUCUUGAAGGACGAGGAGGAGCUGAGCUCGCCGUUGCUCGAGUGGCUGGAGUUGGCAAACGCCUCUGUGGGUCCUUUGGUGAACGAUAUCAACGAGUUUAACGGUGCUGUGCUGAGGCAGAACAAGACCGAGAUGGCGCAGAGUGUGCAGAAAUUGAUCAAGCGCUACAUCUUAGACUACAACCACGUUUCCGAUUCCGUGACCCCCAACACGGGUGUGUCCGGCAAUCUGUUUGGCGGCUGGUUCAAAUACUACUUGGCUAAAGCUUAUGCGCAGCUAUCCACGAGCCCGGACAGCACUCUUGACUUCGACGAUUUCGUCGAGCAAGGGUUGGCGCCUAAGGACAAGGCGUUGCUGGAGCAGCUGCUCCCGAAAAUCCAGCGCCUGAAAGUAGACGACAUCUGGGAAGCCUUGUGGACGCCGGUGUCCGUCCUUCCCUCACUCAACCCCAGCAGCACCAUGCUACCUACCAUGAAAACGCUCAAACUGGCCUCGCUAGUCGGCGGCCAGCCGUUGUGUAUGCCAGACCACUGCGAAGACGGUGCGGUUACCGAGGAUUCUCUCUGGUCGAUCUUCUCUGAAGGAGAAUGGCUCAAACCAGCGGUGGAGUGCUUCGGUGGAAAUGAGGGUUUCUCCCUCAACAUCACAGACAUUCAGCCUUCUCUUGGAGUACUCUACAAGCAUUUGACAAACCAGAGAUCGACCCAGAAGCCGCACGAAGAGGCGACCCAGAAGCAAGCCUAUACGCUAAAGAGCUCUCCAGACUGCGGGAACUCUUUAGCUGCCUGGUGGGAAUGCUACUGGACGUCAUUGGCCGACGCCGCGAACCCUGCAACCGCUGGUCACGGUGUGUUGCACCCCUAA